GACAGUGCGGCUUGUUUGAUUCAUGACUCCAGUACGGAAAACACAAAUCAUGUAGCCAUAACAUUUGACACGAAUAUAAUUUUACUUAGUGUUUCUUCUUCACAAGUGCGGUCCCGGUACAUUUGAUAAUCCGUCAUUUUACAUCAGGCAGUGCUCUGGCUAGCUGUGCGGUGCCUGAGGACCCAUCGGCCUGAUCGUUGAUCAGUUGCGCUGGUUGCACCGCCUGGUGAAUUGCAGUCCCCGGCAGCGCGCAGGCUUUCAGUGUACCUUAACGGGUUUAACGGGAGCGGCGAUUAUUCCUGGAUUAAACAGAAACCAGUUACCGCGGGACUGGAGCUGGGGCCUUUACUGUGGAGGUUUGGUGCAACUUUACCACUAAAGAAGUCGACAGCUGGGAGCUCAGCAGACUUUCCAGACUGUGGUCAUGGAAUAAAAAAGCGGACUGGAGCCAGGCGUUGGGCCUGCGGAUAACUGACGUUAGCUAGCUGAGCUAGCUGAUGGGAAGCGGUCUAUCCUUGUUUGGGUCGCCGUGCUAACUAGCUAGGUGCUAUUUUUGUUAGCAUAACAAUUAGCCGACCGGGGUUGCUGGCUUGUUUUGAUGUAGGUGUAUUGAAGGAGCCGUCAGGGGUCCAGGAUAAUCACACGUUUCCUGAACUUUCUCGAAGUUUUAAGUUAGCUAACCACCUGAGCUAACGUUUAGUGAGCACGCUAGCGAGCUAACGUUACGUCUUUGUAGUACAAAGUUGCGCUUUUGAUUUGGGCAGAGGGAUGGUCUCUGUGCUAAAUUAAUCUGUAUUUUUUUUAAAUCAAGGGAUUGUAUGUUGAUGAUCAUACAUCAGUUAGACGCCGUCCAGACCGUACAGUCUCUCUGCACCUUCACGGGACUACACUUAUCGUUUUCGGUUAUUUACACCCCGUCCUACCGACCGCAGUCUCCUGUCCUCGGCCGGCUCCAGUGGCUGGCCACACGGCACUGAGUGCCCAAUGGAGGAACAUGACAACAUGGACUAUUUUUACCAGCAGGUAGUGCAGAAAGAUGUUACCCGCAGGUUGCAGGUCGGCCAGGAUCUCAUCGACUACCUGAACGACCCGCACCGCUCCCCGGACGUGGAGCAGGACAAACCCCGGCUGGAUAAAACCAUAGACGAGCUAACGGGAUGGGUGAACUCCAGCAAUUUCAAGGUGGCGUUGUUGGGGAUAGACAUCUGUGGUGCGUUUGUGGACCGCAUGGGAGAGCGGUUUAAAGGAUAUCUUGGCACAGUUUUGCCAGCUUUGGUGGACAGGCUGGGCGAUGGGAAGGACCAGGUCAGGGAGAACAGCCAAGCCCUCAUCCUUCGCUGUAUGGAGCAGACUGCCUCGCCCAUGUACGUUUGGGAAAGGCUACUUCCUGGUUUCAAACACAAGAACUUCCGCAGUCGAGAAGGAAUCUGCCUCUGUCUCAGUGCCACGCUCGCCUCGUAUGGAGCCCAGCCGUUGAGCCUCAGUAAACUAGUCCCUCAUCUCUGCACUUUGACUGGAGACCAGAACCCACAGGUACGUGAGGCCUCCAUAACAACACUGGUGGAUGUUUAUCGUCACGUUGGAGAGAGGGUCCGGGCAGACCUAGGAAAGAGAGGGCUCCCUGCUGCACGGUUACAGACGUUAUUCGCUCGUUUUGAUGAAGCCUUGAAUUCAGGCAACAUGGCUCUCAGCCCGAGUCACGAUCGUAGUUUUGAAGAUGACGACAGUGUGGAUGGCAAUCGUCCUUCCUCAACCCAGGCUGCCUUCAAGGUCCCAAAAGUUCCCAAGAAGCCUGCAGAUUCUUCCGCUGCACGCAGGCCCAGUGCUACUGGUGGCAAGCUUGUAUCUAAGGAAAGUGCUGGCGCAGUAGAUGAAGAGGACUUCAUUAAAGCCUUCACAGAUGUCCCUACUGUCCAGAUUUACUCAACAAGGGAUCUUGAAGACAACCUGAAUAAGAUCCGUGAGAUCUGCUCAGAUGACAAACAUGACUGGGACCAGAGAGCGAAUGCUAUGAAGAAAAUCCGCUCACUGCUGGUGGCGGGCGCAGCCAGCUACGACUGUUUCUAUCAGCACCUACGGCUACUGGAUGGAGCCUUCAAACUGUCAGCUAAAGACCUGCGCUCACAAGUAGUCCGAGAAGCUUGCAUCACUGUGGCCCACCUUUCAUCAGUGUUGGGGAAUAAAUUUGACCAUGGAGCUGAAGCUAUCGUUCCCGUCCUGUUCAACCUUAUUCCCAAUUGUGCCAAAGUCAUGGCCACCUCCGGUGUGUCGGCUAUCCGCAUCAUCAUACGGCACACCCACGUCCCCAGGCUCAUCCCCCUGAUAACCAGUAACUGUACAUCCAAGUCAGUGGCUGUUAGAAGGCGCUGUUAUGAUUUCCUGGACCUUCUGCUACAGGAAUGGCAAACCCACUCUCUAGAGAGGCACACAGCAGUUCUGGUUGAGAGCAUCAAGAAGGGAAUUCGAGAUGCAGACUCAGAGGCCAGAGUGGAGGCCCGCAAGGCCUACUGGGGUCUGAGGAACCACUUUCCAGCGGAGACCGACGCCCUCUACAACUCCUUAGAGCCAUCGUACCAGAGGACCCUUCAGUCCUGCCUGAAGAGCUCUGGCAGCGUGGCAUCACUUCCCCAGAGUGACCGCUCCUCGUCCUCCUCUCAAGAGAGCCUCAAUCGGCCUCUGACUUCUAAAUGGUCAGCAGCUCCAGGGCGAGUCCCUGCGGGUUCAAAGGGUAGGGUGCCGUCGGCCUCCCUGCAGCGUUCCCGUAGUGACGUGGAUGUAAACGCAGCAGCAGUUGCUAAGCAGCGGCACGUCGGACAGACCAGGGGAGCAGGGCGUCUGCCCCCAGGCUCCUACUCUUCACUGGAUGAUGCCUCUGAUAAAACGGAUGGGACCAGGUCAGACAAUGGCCGUGUUCGUACCAAGCAGCCCUUGUCCACUGCCAGCAGCGUGUCCAGCCAGGUGGACUCACGAGGACGCAGCCGCACCAAAAUGGUCUCCCAGUCACAACGUUCCGACGAAUCAGAUUGCACACCAGGAUCUCAGUCUGCUACCCCUGUCGGUGCUGGCAGUCGGAGUGGCUCCCCCGGGCGUGUGCUGACAAGUACGGCCCUGAGCACCAUGAGCUCAGGGGCCCACAGGGUGCUGGCCGGGUCCAGCGGGGAAGGACACAGACGCAGCCGCAUCCCCCGCAGCCAGGGCUGUUCCAGAGACUCUUCCCCCACCCGCCUGUCUGUUGCGCCUUCCAGCAUUAGUUCCAUCUACAAUGGAGCGAGCAGAGGAGCUCGGGGCAGUCGUAUCCCUCGGCCCAGUAUGAGUCAGGGCUGCAGCAGAGAGGCCAGCAGGGAAAGCAGCCGGGACACCAGCCCCGUACGCUCCUUCACACCCCUCGCAACGCGGAGCUACUCUCGCUCCACCGGAGCUCUCCACACACCUGAUGCUUUUGGGGCUGCAGGAACAGGUUUUGGCAUCAGUCAGUCCAGUCGUCUCUCUUCUUCAGUGAGUGCCAUGAGGGUCCUCAACACGGGCUCAGACGUCGAAGAGGCGCUCGCAGAUGCACUGCUGUUGGGAGACAUGCGGUCCAAGAAGAAGCCAGCACGGCGGCGGUAUGAAAACUACGGCAUGUACUCUGAUGACGACGCUAACAGCGAUGCUUCCAGCGCCUGUUCGGAGAGGUCCUACAGCUCUAGAAAUGGAGGAGCUAUUCCCACCUACAUGAGACAGACAGAAGACGUAGCUGAGGUGCUGAACCGUUGUGCCAGUGCCAACUGGUCAGAGAGGAAGGAGGGGCUGUUGGGCCUACAGGCGCUGCUCAAGAACCAACGCACCCUAAGUCGGGUAGAGUUGAAGAGGCUGUGUGAAAUCUUCACCAGGAUGUUUGCAGACCCUCACAGUAAGCGAGACUCCGGCAGGGUGUACGGCACGGCAGAAUCCGGUAUAAGCUCAGCCUCCUUCAAGAGAGUGUUCAGCAUGUUCCUGGAGACACUGGUAGAUUUCAUCGUGGUCCAUAAGGAAGAUCUGCAGGACUGGUUGUUCGUCCUGCUCACGCAGCUGCUGAAGAAGAUGGGAGCCGACCUGCUGGGCUCUGUACAGGCCAAAGUUCAGAUAGCCCUGGAUGUCACACGAGAGUCUUUCCCCAAUGAUCUCCAGUUCACUAUUCUCAUGAGGUUCACUGUGGACCAGACACAGACGCCCAACCUCAAGGUGAAGGUGGCCAUUCUGAAGUAUAUCGAGACGCUGACGUUACAGAUGGAAGCUCCAGACUUUGUGAACUCUAGUGAGACUCGGCUGGCCGUCUCCCGCAUCAUCACCUGGACAACUGAACCCAAAAGCUCUGACGUCAGAAAGGCAGCCCAGUCGGUGUUGAUCUCGCUGUUCCAGCUCAACACUCCAGAGUUCACCAUGCUACUGGCAGCUCUGCCCAAAACCUUCCAGGAUGGAGCCACCAAACUGCUUCAAAACCAUCUGAAGAACACUGGCAACGCUGCACAGGCACCAAUGGGCAGCCCUCUGACACGCCACACCCCCCGAUCUCCAGCCAGCUGGUCCAGCCCGGUUACUUCCCCCACCAACACCUCCCAGAACACCCCCUCACCAAGUGCAUUUGACUACGACACAGAGAACAUGAACUCGGAGGACAUCUACAGCUCGCUGAAAGGUGUCACUGAGGCGAUCCAUAACUUCAGCGUCCGCAGCCAAGAGGACAUGAAUGAGCCAGUCCACCGGCGGGAGGGAGACGAGGGGGACAGCGGGACAGAUGGCAGAGUGUCAGACUUUGUGGACGGAGGCCGCAUGGCUCUGGACAACAAGACAUCCCUCCUCAACACCCCUCUGCUUUCCUCCAGCCCCCGAGGGGCCCGCGAGCACUUAUCAGACUCUCCCUUCAAACACAGCCGCAAAGACACCAGCCUGGACGACUCGGAGCUUCUCACAGAUGACAGCAACCUGGACCAAUCGGAGCUGGUGGCCGAGCUGCUGAAAGAGUUGUCAAAUCACAACGAGCGCAUCGAGGAGAGGAAGGCGGCGCUCUGCGAACUGCUGAAGCUGAUUCGUGAGAACACCCUGCAGGUGUGGGACGAACAUUUUAAGACCAUCCUGCUGCUUCUGCUGGAAACGAUGGGUGACAGAGAGCACGUGAUCCGAACGCUGGCUCUGCGGGUGCUGAGGGAGAUUCUCUGCAAGCAGCCCUGGAGGUUCAAAAACUACGCAGAGCUCACCAUCAUGAAGGCCCUGGAGGCUCACAAAGACCCCCACAAGGAGGUGGUACGAGCAGCAGAGGAGACGGCAGCUAUGUUGGCGUUGUCCAUCAGUCCAGACCAGUGCAUCAAAGUGUUGUGUCCCAUAAUCCAGUCAGCUGACUACCCCAUCAACCUGGCUGCCAUCAAGAUGCAGACCAAAGUAGUGGAGAGGGUUCCUCGUGAAGGUCUGAUGAGCCUGCUGCCUGAGAUAGUGCCAGGACUCAUUCAGGGUUACGACAACUCUGAAAGCAGUGUAAGGAAAGCCUGUGUGUUCUGCUUGGUGGCCAUUUACGCAGUGAUCGGGGAGGACCUCAAACCGCACCUCAGCCAGCUCUCUAGCAGCAAGCUGAAGCUGUUGAAUCUGUACAUCAAGCGUGCCCAGUCUGGCUCCAGUGGCAAUGAACCCCCGUCUGAGGGCCUAUAGGAGACACAGCGCCCUCCCACAGGGCAACCACAGAACUGCAACUCUGCCCACCAAACAUACAACAUCAGCUCAUGAGCUCACACCCACACAGGCCGAGAACAAAACACACACCCUAACACUCUGUCACAGGAGCAAACUGCUUACAUACACACGUACGCUUGCACUCUGGCCAGCAAAGUAACACACACACAGGUACACACAGUCCUCAAACAUUUCCUACAAGAUGGGAGUUGUGCAGAAGAGAGGAGUGUCGUAGUUCUCCUGACCAUCGCUGAGGAUCCCCCCCGAUCUCAGACUGAACUGAACCCUUAAACACGUACAGAUAACACACAUCCAGUCACACCCAGGUUUGUCACUAAUCAAAGAUGAAGAUAUGAAAUCUCCGUCCUCUAUCCCGAACACUACAGCAUCCCCUCUGAAUAACAUCUUGAUGUCAACAGGAAGUGGUGCGCCUGCAUGGUUCUCAUUUUUAAGGGGGAAAGGUUCAUGGAACAGGGCUGAGACGAACGAUUGGUGCCGUCUUGUGUCUUUCUCGAACAGUGAGUAACUGGGGCCAGGUAGACAGGAAUGUAAAUUUACAUUGUGUCAUAGUUUGGAUUUAUUUCACGCAAUGAGGUUUUACUGCAGCGGUUUUUAACGUCUCUCUCUCUGUCACACAUAAACACUUUCUCUCUGUCAGAAAGGUGCUGAUUAGCCUAAAAGGUACGACCGACCAACCGUGCACAGCACUAACACGAGUCACAGCGGAUACAGUACAUAGGCAGAGUCCAAAGUAUAGGAGGUGUUAUGUGCUUGGCUAUGCAUGAGACUAAAUUUUAAAAAGAAGUUUGUAUCGGAGUCCAGAAUAUUGUGACUGGGGUUUUAAAUUAAUGUGAACAAUGUCCACCCCUUUCAGAAAAAUUCACAGCGUCCUCCAUUUCUCCCGGCUCAUCUUGGAUCAGUCCAUUUCUGGGCAACAUGGGCAGGAGGAUGGUGCGUGCUGCUUACCACAUGAAGUAUGACAGGACAUGGCUUAUUAUCACAUAGUGGAUAUGUAUCUAUAUAUGAUAUUAAAAUGGAAUAUCCAAUAACAGUGUCAUUUACGAGAGUUCCCCGGGGGGGGGUGCGCAUGUGUGCCCAUCCUUGUUUUUAUUUUCUCUCUGUUGCGCUAGCCGUAGUGUCUCUCUCUCUCUUGGUCUCUCGGUCUCUCUCUCUCUCUCUCUCUCUCUCUCUCUCACACUUAUUUUUUCUCUGCUGAGAAAUUUGUAGAAAUGUAUUAUUUACAGCUCUGAAAAAAAAAAUCGUCAUGUCACCCGAUUCUCUUCUCUUCAUCGUGUCUUUCUUUCCUUCCUCUUCUUGUAACAUUCUAGUUUUCACUGUUGUGUUUCCUCCGUGCAUUUACAAAGCUGUGCUUACAUUAUAAUAAAGAACUUGUACAGGUCAUGAUAA